AUGGACAAAAAGGGCGAGCGCUUCACUUUACUCUUCCCGUCUCGUCUGGUGCUGCUCGUCCCCUCCGGUAGCGUAAUGUACAUGACGAUAGGCUCCCCAACAUUCACAGUGCAAGAAUGCGCUCCAUUAUGCGGGAGAGCGCGGGAGUAUUUAGUCGUAUCCCACCAAGGGCACAUGAACAACAAGUCGUGUCCUGCGCAAGAUUGGACGCUUGGUCUCUUGCGCCAACAACCCUGUGCGACAAGACCGUCCAGCAGCGUCUGGGCAAAUGGGCCAUCAGCUGCCUCGCUCGUUCGUCUGCCUGAAGUCCCCCGUUGUCCUGCCAGUGUAAAUGCGGACGACAAGAGAGUCGAAGCAUUCAGAGCGCGCAUCCCCCCUCCCCGCCUCGACGAUCCAUCUGGCGACACUCUCGUCGAGCCUGGUGUCCUCCUCUCCCUCUUCACCCACCCACGCCUCACUCGCCGGGCUGAAUGCUGGCCAGGCAUUCUCUAUCCACCGUCUUCCCCAGAGCAGGAGCUCUCUGUGGCGACACGACACUGCACGCAACCCGCUCUUUGCAUCGCCGUCCCCAACGUGCCUUGCGAGACGCACUCGACCCAACUUGACCCACCACCACGCCUCGACACCGCAACCACCUCCCUGCACACCACCCGCCCGGACACAUCGAGGACACAUCGCUUCUGCAUGAACUGGUGCUUGCUCUGCACGCCCGCGGCGAGCAUCCACGCUUCGCCCUCCACAAUGAACAACCCAAACAUGCAGCAGAAUGGCAUGGCUGUCCGGAACGCUGGACUCCACCACUUCGUCCAGCACUACCGCAUGCAACAACAGCAGCAGAAGAUACCACCAGGAUGGCAGCAGUCCACCUCGCCUGAAGAGCGCGGCCAGCUCGCCCUUCAGUUCUUCACGUCGUACCGUCUGCUCAAGGGGAACGAAAUCUCCGAGAUCGAAGCCAUGCGUUCGUCCCUUCAGUUUGAGACGCAGAAUUUCUUGAACGCACAGACAAAGGAGCAAUACAUCGCCAACGUCAAGGCGAAGCUCAUCGCCAUGCAAAACAUGCGGCAGCAGCAUCUGCAGCGCAUGCAAGAAGGCAUGGGUAACAUGAACAACCCUAUGAAUGCCAUGAACCCUGGGCAGAUGAACAUGAUGGGCCAGCUCGCUCCUCAGGGCGCAAGACAGGGUACUCCGCAGCAGUUUAACCCAGCCUUCCCCAAUGCCCAGCUUCAACGACCGAUGCAGAUUUCGCCGGUUCCAAUGUCACAGACACAAAGUUCCAUGGGUUUGAAUGGCGCGAACCCUGGUCCCGCCAACGUCCCCCAAGGUCAGAACAACCAGCAACCAAACCAGAACCCACAGAACCGUCAAGAGCAACUCGUUAUUAAUCAGUUCGCUAAACGGCUCAUGGACACAUGUAAAGAGGAAGUUCGUCAGAAGUUUCAGGGUGACGUGCAGGCUUGGCCCGAGGAUAAGAAGCAACAGUUGAUCAGUCAAGGCAUCAACCCACUGUUCUUCCGCUUUCGCCAGCACGCAGAGAUGUUGUAUCGACGAGGCGCUCUCAAUAUGCAACAGCAGCAGGGCACAAAUCAGAAUGCUACCGCGAUGCAGCAGUCGGGCCAACCGAAUCGGAUGCAAAAUCAGCAGAUGAACAUGAACCAACGCCAGCCGAACAACCAAGACUUCGACUUUAACGCGAUAGCCAACCAGCAGAUAGAAGCUAUUCGAAGCCAAGACCAAGGCACGACGGUAGUCCCUGCGAGCAACAAUGCGAACGGCGCUCAGAUGACCGGCUUUCAAGGACAAAAUCCUCAACAAGGUCAACCGCAGAAUGCUGCCAUGGCACAGCGGCAAGCUGAGAUGCUCCACCGUCAAGCACAAGCACAGCAGGCACAACAGGCACAGCAGGCUCAGGCACAGGCUCAGGCUCAGGCGGCUCAAGCACAGGCUCAGGCUCAGGCUCAGGCACAAGCACAAGCUCAGGCUCAGGCUCAAGCUCAAGCUCAAGCCCAGGCACAGGCACAGGCACAGGUUCAAGCUCAGGCACAGGCACAGGCUCAGGCUCAGGCACAAGCGCAGGCACAGGCACAGGCACGACUGGAGCAGCAACGGCAACAACAAGCAGCAGUUCAAGCGCGUAAUCAGCAAAACCAAUUGCUUCAGGGUCAAAUCGGUGGUCUUAACCUCCCCCCAGGCUCGCAACAAAGCCCUGCAAUGCCGAUGCUCACCAGGCCCAUGCCACCUCCAGGGCAGCCAGGACCCCCAACGACUCCACAGCAACGGCCCCCUCAGGCUCACGUUCCUAUAAUGACUCCCCAACCCGGGCAGGCCGAUCCGAAUUUGACCGACCUGAUGCGCCAAGCACAACAAAGGGCUGCUGCCGUCUCCCAGGGCAAUCAGCCAUUGACCGACCAAGUUCGUAUGAGUAUGAUGCCAACUGAUCUUGACGCUUCUGUGAAGAGCCAGCUACUCAAGGUCCCCGAGCAACAAUUCCGCGCGAUACUGCAGAAUUACAUGGUGAAUGUUCGCAGAACUAAUGGGAUGCAGAACGGCGGAUUUCAAGGGGGGCAGCCCGCACCAGGCCAGCCGAACAUGCUCUUCAAUCCACAACAGCCGAUGCAACCGGGAAUGCCAGGCCAAAUGCUAGGUGGUCCCAACAUUGCAAACAUGGCUCGUCCAGGUAUGAACUUUGGGCAACAGCCUCCAGGGGCUGGGCAGCCGCCCCCCAUGGGCCAACGUGCUCCAAUACCGAAUCAACAGCAACGGCUGGCUUCUGCGCAAAGUCUGCUACGGCAAAAUCCUGGUAUCAUACAUGCCACUAAUCCCAAGCCCUUUCCCCCCAAUGUUCUCAAUGCUCAGAUACGGCAAAGUCUUCCUCCAGAUGUCAAGUCCUGGCAACAACUCAAACAUUGGGCUGACCAAAACCCGGCUCUGGUGCCAGGCGUUGAUGGCCAGAAACUUCUCAUGCUCCAAGUUCUGCAUUUCCAGGAUAUCGUGAGACAAUCAGGCGGUAUGGCUGGUGGUCAACCUCCACCGCCAAACAACGGCCCUGGAAUCGCUCCUCCGGCACAGGGAACACCUAACCAAGGCCCGAUCAGGACGCCACAGCAGCAACCAAACAUGCCAAACAUGCCCCCAAUCCAGGUCACGCCUCAGGAGAUUCAAAUGUUCCGGCAAAGGCUACAAGGUCCACAGACGAAUGUAACAGACGACCAAUUACGGCAAUACAUCCUCAGCCAGAAGUUGAAAGGAAGGCAGCAACAACAGCAGCAACAACAUCAACAGCAGCAACAGCAGCAGCAGCAGCAACAUCAACAACAUCAACAACAGCAGCAGCAGCAACAACAACAUCUGCAGCAGCAACAACAGCAGCAGCAACAACAGCAACAGCAACAGCAACAUAUGCUUGCCCAACAGCAGCAGCAACAGCAACAGCAACAGCAGCAACAACAGCAACAGCAGCAGCAGCAGCGUAACCAGGCGCAACAACAGCAUGCCACCAACCGUCCCCCCACGGCCCAGUCUCAGCCUACGCAAGCUACGCCCCAGCCAAAGGCAAACACCAGGCCACAGCAACAUCCGCAGGCUAUGCAAUUGAAUAGCACAGCCAACAAGGGCAUGAAGCGACCGAAUGAUGAUGCUGUUGAGUCUAAUGCAGAUGCACCCACGCCCAACCUUGGCUCACAGGCGCCUGCAAUGGUGGCCUCGAGAUCUCAACCUGGGUUUAACCUCACACAGGAGCAGAUGUCUAAACUCACUCCCUUACAGCAAGCUCAGGUCAAAGCUCAGCUCCUGAGAGCACAAGACACUUCUAACAACAAAACGCAGCAACAGCAGCGUCCAAUGCUAAGUGCCGAUGAAAUUCGCAUUAAGAUGACUGAUCCAGCCAGGGUCAGGCAAUUCAACCAAUUGGUCGAGGAAGUGGAAAAGAGUAUACCGCCUAGACAGCCCGUACAGCUACCGCCGCCGCUACGAACGGCUCUACAGCAGUCGCUAAAGGAUCAACUCCCGAAGCUGAAGAAGGUGGAGCAAGCGUUGCGGAUUUUCCAUGCUUCGUACGAUACCAACGAGCCCGAACCGGUUAUACGCCAGAUCAUCAAAGCACGUGCCCUGGUCUUUCAGCAAAUCAAUGAUGCGGAUGGGUCGCUGCACGCUCAGGUCACUCUGACCACGGAGGAAUUCAAGAACCACAUGCGCACAAUGAUCAACUUUUUCCAGAAGAUCAUGGCGAAGAUGCAGCAACAGCAGGGUCAAAUUGUGGCUGCGCAGCAGCAGCCUCCUCAGGGUUCGACUGCCCCACCCGCUCAACUAAAUGCCGCAAAUCUGAAGAUUGUAGAACAACAGCAACGUCAGAACAAGCCUCCUCAGGCCCCGACGACCGAUCGCCCACCGUUUCCGCUUGGUGCCGAUUCUGGCCAUGGCGCGGCACACUACUUCGAGGGCGCCAGGCCCGUCACAAACCUUGUUCUACCUGAGAAGAAGCGUGCGAAGCUCGAAGCCGGCAGCCAAUCCUCAACCCCAGGUGCUAAAGCUUCGCCACGCGUUGGCUCAGGUACAGGCAACUCUCCCGAGCUCAAGAGGCAACCGCCGCCUGACAAGCAAGUACCGCAAAGGCCAACAUUCAGAUGCAAUGCCCUGGACUGUGAGUACUCGGUGCGAGGCUUCGACACCCAAGCUGAACUGGAAGGGCAUGUUGGUCAAACACAUGCCAAAAUCGAGAAUCCUCUCCAGUUUGCGCUUGAUUCCAUGGCAGAAUACCUGGACGUCGAUCAAAAGACUGGUGAGCCCAAGAUUGACCCGAAGGCUACGAAACGCCCUUCUAAGCCCGCACCUGCCGCCCCGCGUACUUCAGCCCAGCCCGCAAAGGCAGAGCCUACACCUAGUAUCCCGACCAGCGCCGCAACUCCUGCUGGGCCACAGGUUGCAGCGACACCAAUGGCGCGAGUGCCGACGCAAACCGGCAUCAAGGGUUCGCCCUCGGCAAAUCUCCUCAAGACUCCUCAAACAAUGGCGAAGGGGGCUACGCCGAGUACGAGCGCUCAAGGAAAGGCGACACCAGCCAGCAUUGCUAAGCCGGCGCCGAAGGAGCAACCUGUUGCAGUGCCCGAGCCUGAGAAAGAGGAAGAGCAGCAGCCGCUGCUCCCCAUGUCGCUGCUCGAUUACUCGUACGAAGAUACUUUUGCUGCACUUGAUGCCAACGGUCCGUUUACCGUGCUCGAUCUCAAGGACGAGGAUAGUGCCUGGGCCCUUCGCUCUCGACCGACUUCGCCAAUGACUACGCCCGAAUCGACGUCGAAAGACACGCCGUCGACUCGACAGUCUGAUAUCUCGGAGAACGACACGCUACAUAUUCACGUGGAUAUCAAGGACGUGGACAAGCCUGAUGCAUGGACAAUGGGGCUGUUUAACGAUGGCCUGCCAAUGGACAUGCAAAUCUCUGACGACUUGGCCAAUCUCGGCGUCAUGCUUCCGCCCAUGGAUAGCGAGGACAUGAUGCUGUUCCCUGCCUAUGACGGUAGCGGCAUGAUGGAUCUCGAUAUGCUGGACAAGACUAUGGAUAUGAUGGGCGGGACGCUGGAUCCGACUGUGUUUGGUGCUUGA